CUAAGACGCUAACGACCAAAGCGUCCGCGAGUCGCGACAGCUCAAAGCCGCACGCAACGCCACCACUGCUCCGCCGCCGCCGCCACGCGCCGCCGCGAUUCCUCCCCCCGCCGAUCGAACGCCACGCGCGCCCGCCGCGGAAACCCUAGCCUCCUCCUUCGCUCGCCCGAGCGCCGUCGGCGGGAGGAGGAUUACUUUUGGUCCUGCGCGCGAAUCGCGGAUCGCGAUUCGCGCUAGGGUUUCGGCCCCGUGUGCCCCGACGGCCGCCUGGUCCCCGCUACGCCGGCGACCUCACGCGGAAUCGAGAGGACAGUAGAAAAAUCUACACCCAAAAUUCUGAAGAUCUCCAAGAACUUUGCAGUCUAACAUCAGUGCCGAAUAUCAGAAAUGGAUCAUGGGCGUUAUGCUCCACAGCAUGGAUGGGAGAACAACAGUGCAUUGGAUGGGUAUGGUGUCAUCAAUGGCCCAGAUUAUAGGGCCGGUGGAUCCUACAAUGGUAGGAGGUUUGUGGAUGAUGGCUUCCCAGGAGAUUCAUAUGGAAGGGGGGCAUUCUAUCAGGACACACAUGAUAGAAAUGUGUAUCCACCUGCACCCUCUGUCCCCAUGUUGUCUCAACCUCGAAGGUUUCAUGAUGAUGAAUAUUCAACUGCUAGAGAUUACAGAAGGAACAAAAGGAUUGGGAGUAGAGACCGUGCGGAGUUUCACGGUGACUUUGAAGACCGGUACCGCAGCUCUCACCAAAGUAGAGAGGAUAGUAGAGAGGAUAGCUAUGAGAGAGAUCGUGAUUAUGAUCGUUACAGCUAUGAUUCGGACUAUGAGAAAAGCAGGAGAGAUGGUAGCUGGAGAAGGCGUGAUUUAUGUGAGAGUGAACAUGAAAGAAGAGGGUUGAGUCAUGAAAGAGACAGAAGUCCAUACAUGCAACAUAGCCGUUCACGAUCUCGUGGGCGUGACGAACGAUCAAGAUCUCGGUCUAGAUCAAGAUCACCCCGUGGCAAAAGUCGUGGUCGGAACCAAAGAGAUGGCUUUUAUGAUGACAAUUCCUUUGGCAGAAGAAGGGAGUAUGACUGGGAUGAGAGAAGGCAUGGAGAUUUAGUGGCUCCAUCUGCUACUGUUGUUGUUAAGGGUCUGUCCCAGAAGACUAAUGAAGAUGACCUAAACCAGAUUCUUGCUGAGUGGGGCCCUCUCCGUAGUGUGCGCGUAAUUAAGGAACGAUCUUCUGGCAUGUCUCGGGGAUUUGCUUUUAUCGACUUCCCUACUGUGGAAGCUGCCCGCAGAAUGAUGGAAGGUGUUGGAGACAAUGGCCUUCUAAUUGAUGGUAGAAAGGUAUUUUUUCAGUACAGUAGUAAACCAACUAGUGGGAUGAGUGGGCCUUCUCAUGGAGAAGAAAAUUUUACAAGGUAUAACUAUGGGCACAGGACUGCUGCUGCGCCAUGUGAUUGGAUAUGUACUAUAUGUGGAUGCAUGAACUUUGCUCGCAGAACUUCAUGUUUUCAGUGUAAUGAACCACGAACGGAAGAUUCUCUACCAGCUGAUCCAACAAGUUCUACUCCACUCCAUCCAAAAAGGGGAUCUGAACUAGGUCCAACUCAUGUUUUAGUUGUUCGUGGUCUGGAUGAAAAUGCUGACGAGGAAAUGCUUCGAUAUGAAUUUGCCAAGCAUGCACCUAUAAAGGACAUUCGCCUUGUUCGGGAUAAGUUUACUCAUGUGUCCAGAGGUUUUGCUUUCAUCCAUUUUCAUUCAGUGGAAGAAGCUACAAAAGCUCUUGAAGCUACGAAUGGGAUUACACUUGAGAAGAAUGGUCAGGUUUUACGUGUAACUUAUGCUAAAAGCACACAUGGACCGGUAUCAGGGGCUUCACAGUCAAACAGCCUUGCUGCAGCUGCCAUUGAGGCUGCAUCAUUUUCUCAGCAGUAUGAUGCUAUAGGUUGGGCCCCAAAAGAGUACAAUCCUGAUGACAAACUGAAUAGCAACUCGGAACCUCAGAGCAGUGGCUCUGCUCCACAGUCUGGAUUUGUUUGGGAUGAAAAGUCUGGUUAUUACUAUGAUUCAGCCUCAGGAUUCUAUUAUGAUGGAAAUACCGGACUUUACUAUGAUGGUAAUGCUGGAGUGUGGUAUUCAUAUGAUCAACAAACUCAACAGUAUGUCCCUUGUAGUGAACAGAACAGCAGUAAAGCAGCUGGGGACAUGGCAAAUACUAGCACGAAGACCUCAGAAAGUAGUGGUAAAAAUGUAGUGAUUUCUGCACCUGCAGCCACGAUUAAACAAAGUGAGAAAACUUCAUUACCUGAAGCUGUUCAAGCUGCUGCAAGUGCAGCGCUGGCUGCAGAAAAGAAAGAAAAGGAGAGAGCAAAAGAGAUCAAGUUGGCAUCAAAAGGUAGUCUUUUGGCGAAUAAGAAAAAGAUGAAUAAUGUCCUAGCAAUGUGGAAACAAAGAAAUCAAGAAGGCCAGGCAGGGCGUGCUAUCCUUGAUGACAAGGAACCAUCCAACUCUGCUGAUGAUAAAUUAAACAAUUUACACAAUUCAACUGGAUUUGCAGUGAAAGCUAAGCCUAAAUCUGAUGUUGGAAAUGCUAAGGACAUGAACUCGCCUGCUAGCUAUAAUUCUCUUGGACGAACAGCUGCACCCACAGAAAUGAUAGAUUCUGAUAUAAAGCCUACACCUGUCAGUAACAGUUUAGGAACUACCAUUAUGGGUGUCAUAAGAGGCUCUGGUAGAGGAAUAGUCAGAUCAGACACUGCAUUUCAUGCGCCAUCUGAUGCUGGUGGUGCUGAUUCUUUCUCCAACAUACCAACAAGCACAUGUGGGUUAACAGCAAAUGCUGGGGCACCUACUUCUGCUCCCUUCAAAACAGAAUUAUCUGCUCUAGCAUCUUAUACUCCAUCUGGAGUUUCAGGGAGUGGUAAACGUCGGUUUUCUGAGGCUCCAGGACAUUCACAGUACAGAGAUCGGGCUGCAGAAAGGCGAAAUCUAUAUGGAUCAUCUUCUUCACUUGGAAGUGAUAAUGAUGGACUGGAUCCAACUGGUGAGUACCCUCGAAGGGGUCCAAGUGAGAUGGGGUCAAUGCCAUUUCCUCCAGGGGUGGGUGAACGUUCUAGCGGUGAAAUUGGCAAUACUGAAAAUUAUGAGGUUAUCACUGCUGAUAGAGCAAUAGAUGAGAGCAAUGUGGGCAAUCGUAUUCUGCGCAAUAUGGGUUGGCAAGAAGGACUGGGUCUCGGAAAAACUGGUAGUGGCAUCAAGGAACCAGUGCAGGCUAAAUCUGUCGAUGUGAGGGCUGGACUUGGAAGUCAGCAGCGGAAAUCUUCUGACCCGUCGCUGGAGGCGCAAGCUGGUGAUAGCUACAAAACCAUCAUCCAGAAGAAGGCUAUGGCAAGAUUCAGGGAGAUGUCUUGAGCUGUAUUGCCAAUUUUUGUUGUAAUGUCGAUGUAGUAAUGUUUUACUCGUGGUAUUUGUCCCUGCAUCACUUGAUUGUGCUUGUGUUGAGCAGACUUGAUCCUGGCAUAUAGUAUGAUUAAAAUUUUAAAUUAUUGAGAGCUCUUGUCGUAUGACUAUUAAAUA